CUGCGCCGCGCUCCUGCGCCUGUGAUUCUGCUGAAGAAAGAUCUACGAGAACAGCACUACGAGAUCUACAUGACGCACUAUUAAAAGAUGGCAAUUAUUAAAGAGGAGAGUGAAGAAAUUAAGAUUGAAGAAGCGUUCAGAGUGAAACAAGAAGAUACUGAGGAACAAACAGACCUGAUGACACUAAAAGAGGACAGUGAAGAACUAAAUGAAAUGGAAGAUAAAGACCAGAAACGUGAUUUCAUGAUUGGAGAAAAAUCCACAAAGACGAAGACUUCCUCACGAAAAAGAGGUCAGAAGACAGAAUCUAGCAGUUAUUUCACCUGCCGUCAGUGUGGAAAGAGAUUGACUAAUAAACAAAACCUUGACGUCCACAUGAGAAUUCACAAUGGAGAGAAGCCUUUUACCUGCCAACAGUGUGGAAAGUGUUUCACUCAAAAACAAAACCUUAAAGUCCACUUAAGAGUUCACUCUGGAGAGAAGCCUUACAAAUGCACUCAGUGUGGACAAGGUUUUACACAUAAAGGAAACCUUAAUGCCCACAUGAGAAUUCACAAAGGAGAGAACCCUUACAGCUGCAAACAAUGUGGGAAGAGCUUCUCACGAAAAGAAAGUCUUAAUGCCCACAUGCGAAGUCACACUGGAGAGAAGCCGUUCAUAUGUGGUCAGUGUGGAAAGGGUUUGAGAUGUAAAGAAACCCUGAAUUGCCACAUGAGGAUUCACUCAGGAGAGAACUGUCUUACAUGUCAUCAAUGUGGAAAGAGUUUCAGUCAUAAAAGAAGCCUCAACACUCACAUUGUAAUUCACACAGGAGAGAAGCCUUUCACCUGCCCUCAGUGUGGAAAGAGUUUCACACUUAAAGGAAACCUUAAGACUCACAUGAGACUUCACACCGGCGAGAAGCCGUUCACAUGUCUUCAGUGCAAGAUAAGUUUCACAUAUCAAAGAGACCUGAAACGUCAUUUGCAAACUCAUUCUGAAAAUAAAUUGCGAGUGUGACAAGGUUAACGAAAAGGAGCAAUUUCAAAAAUUGCCUUCGCAUUCACUCUAGAGCAGGGCUAUUCAAUUGGCGGCCCGCCAAUCAUCUUCAUCCGGCCCGAGGGAAGAGUACGCGCAGGUCGCACAUACGCCUUGAAUUGUUUUUGCACUAAUUAAUUUGUCCACAAGGUGGCAUCACUGUCCCAGGCCGUGGUUUCACAGCCAAACAAGAAAAGGAAGAGACGCAACAACAACAAACUACCGGAGACCGCAACAUCAAUAGACGGCAGUGUUGACAAGCGCUUGUGUGAGAGGGUUAUGAGAUAUCCUCAACACUAGUUUAAACGAGUUUCAAGACAGUGUUAUCGGUCAUAACUUCUGGCGAGAAAUAGCGCAGACACUGAACGAAGAUGAUUAUCAGAUGGAGUACAGUUUGAAAGGCUGCGCG